AUGCUCGGUUACUCAAUGCAGCACAAUGCGUAUCGUCUGCUGAACGAAAGCACGAAAGCAAUUAUUAUCUCACGCAGCGUGACAUUUGCAGAGAACGCGCCAACAAUAAAAACGCACAGACAGGGUGAGCCAAGUCUGAUCGACGCCGUGGGAGAUGAUGAGCAUGAUCAAGAGCCAAGCGAUACAACAGCCAAGGAGAGUUACCAGACCCUACCGACAGGACCUAGAGGGACCCCGACACGUGUCGAGGAAGUGCUGAAUGAGCGUUCAAGAGGCGCUGUGCCAACACAGCAUUCAAGCACACCAGGACGCGACGGUGAGAACGAGUCGCAUGUGCGGCCGGUGCGCAAGAAGCAGGCGGUGUUGCGCUACGAGCAUGAGUUCCCAAAUCUGCGGCGCGGAGAGUUCAGCCUGGAUGACUAUGAAGCCGAGCACGACACGUUGAACUGUUUCAGCGCUGAAGAUGCCGGCGAGAGCUCGUCGACGUUCGAACAAGUGCAGCAAAGCAAAUACAGAGAUGAGUGGCUGUGUGCAAUGCAAAGUGAAAUCCAAUCACUUGCGCAGCACGAGACAUGA